CGCUGCUGACAUGUGUGCGGCUAACGUCGUCAGCUACUUAUGCACGUGAUGUCCGAUAUCGAUCGCGAAGCCAUAGCGUCCGAAGAUCGAAACUCCAUCACUGCUGCUGUUGUAUUGCCAAACGAUCCUUUGGAUUGGACUAACGACCACGUAGCGGCAUGGUUGAAAUGGUGUGUCAGACAUUUAGAAUUGUGGCCAAUUCCGAAAUCAGACGACUUUCCUAAUACAGGUUAUGAACUAUGUUCAUUAGACAGGACUGAGUUUGAUCGUAGAUCACGAAACAGACGUUCCGGCCGAUUAUUAUUACUACAUUUGUCAUUACUUCGACAACCUGUUACUGGAACGCCACCUAGUCCCAGCCUCACAACACCAGAAGACGAUCCAUACGAGGUGGUCAACGCGGCCAGCAGUCGUCUUGUAGCACAAGCGGCCGCGGGCUCUGGGCAAAUACAAUUGUGGCAGUUUCUGUUAGAGUUGCUGGCCGAUUCCAACAACGUCGGGUGCAUUUGCUGGGACGGUCCCGGUGGCGAAUUCAAGCUGAUCGACCCUGAUGAGGUGGCCAGGCGUUGGGGCGAACGCAAGUCGAAGCCCAAUAUGAACUACGAUAAGCUCAGUAGAGCUCUUAGGUACUACUACGACAAAAAUAUCAUGACCAAAGUUCACGGUAAACGGUACGCGUACAAGUUCGACUUUCACGGGCUGAUGACUGCGUGCCACCAGAGCCAGCCACAGAUGCCGACAGCACAAUCUAGCCUCCAAGCGGCUGCGGGCCCAUCGUCAGCCGCCGUACCGUCCACGCCGUCACCGUCUGACUUUGCUGGCGGUCUGUACAGUCAACAGCACGCUUCCGCUUCCGGUCCAUCGAACGCUUUAUUUCCGGCUGGGCCUUCAUACUGGGCCACAUCUGCUGCGGGCCUUUCCACACUAUACCAACAUCCGGCCGGGCCACGGUAUCCGCCGUAAUCCAAUUCAUCAUAAUAUAUAAUAUAAUAUAAUAAUCUAUAUUAGGGAUGGGUUUCCAAACUAUAGUCAAACUUUCGAAUACCAUAAACUUCGAUAAAUUCGUAUACAGUACAAAGGUCGUUGGAUAUCGAAUACUUCGAACUCGAACAUUUUGAACAAUUUGAGAAAAAUCAAAUUCAAUAUUGAUAAUAUUAUAAAUAAAAUUUUUAUUUUAUAAAAUAUGAAUAGCCGUAGCUUAUAGUUAGGUAUAUCCGUACUAUUUUAUUUCCCAUUUUUCCGAAUGGCCUUUAUCAGUUUUGACAAUUUUAUAAUCGUGUCGUUAUCUGAUUAAAGUUUAAGAAUUCAAAAUGUUCAAAAAGUUCGAAAAAAACGAGAUUGAAUUCAACUUCGAUUAAUUUAAGAAAAAAGAAGCUGGAGUUCAUGAAAAUUUAAGUUUGGCCCAUCCCUUUAACAUAUACAAAUAGCUGUAUACCCGCGCGCUGCAGUUAUAUCACACAUCUUAUUUAUAAAUAUAAUGUUGAGCAAAUGCGAUCGUUGAAACAAUCUCAUAAUAUAUGUAAUUAUUUAAUUAUUAU